AGGAGGGAAUAAGAAAAUGUAGUCAUCACGAGAGAGUUCUGACAGUGACAGCGUAAAAUCGCUUUAAUUGGCACCUCAACGGACAGAGAAGAGAAAGGACUGGCGGAUUCCAAAUGCGCGACUUAACCGUAUUUUAAUUCUUUUCAGUAAUCCGCUUCUGAGUUCACUUCUCUCUUCUCUCUCUGCUCCAAUUUCCAACGACACCUUCUGAGUUCUCUCUCUCUUUACUGAUCCAACGUCAUAUCCCACUCCGAAGAAGAAGAUAAAACGGUCUUCUUCUUCUUUUUCUAAAGAACCGAACAUCAUCCAUGGGAAGAUCUCCAGCUUCUUCUUGUCUUCGUAUCAUCGCUUGCGCCGGCGGUGAUGAUGCCGCUGAACCUAACGCCACCUCCGCCGAGAACAAGAGCUCUGGUGGUGACAAGCGUGGAUGGAGUUUCAGGAAGAAAUCUGGGAAACAGCGAGGCCUGAUAACUAGUGUUGUCUCUGAGACUACUCCUGCUACUACUAGGACUAGAGAAACUCUUGAAUCUGCUCUCCUUAAGUCUCCUUCUCCUGACAACAACAACAACAACUUUGUUUCUGAAAAGCAGCAGCCGUUUUCUGUUGAUGAUGAGAAGAAGAGUAGUCAAUUCCCCGUUGUUACCUAUGUGGAUGAGAAAAAAAACCAGUCUGCUGAGAACGAAACGGUGGAGGAGGAGGAGGAGCAGAUUGACCAUAAAACUGAGCUGCCUGUUCUUGUGGAAUCGAAAGGGACUGAAACUGAGGAGGAUGAUUUCAUUGCAACUGAUCAUUUGCAAGGACCAAAUGCUGCUGAUGUAUCCACUGUAGAGAAAGACAUUAUUACUCCCGAGGUUGAAAACGCUAGUAAGGUUGAACCGAAAGAAUCUGAAACCGAUGAUGUGGUCAUAAUCAGAAAAGGAAGUGAGGAAGAUGUUGAUGAGUCUGCUAUCGUGAUCAUCCAAGCUGCUGUUCGUGGUUUUUUGGUGCGAAGAGAACUUUUGAGGAGCAAGAAAGUUAUUAAACUUCAAGCUGCAGUUCGUGGCCACCUGGUUAGGAGCCAGGCCAUGGGAUCACUGCGUUGUGUCCAAGCUAUUGUCAAGAUGCAAACAAUGGUUCGUGCUCGUCAUUCCACAAAAGAUGGUAGCCGUGUUUCAGCAAUCUCGGACAAAGUGGAAGCAAAUGCAGCCGCACAAAAGCUUCUCGAAAACAAGUUUGCUAAGCAUCUAAUGGAGUCAACUCCCAAGACAAAAUCAAUCAGCAUUAAAUGUGAUCCAACAAAACCUAGCUCUGCUUGGAACUGGUUGGAGAGGUGGAUGUCUGUUCCAAAACCUGAGAAGACUUCAAAAUCAGAUUUGACAACGGAAGAGCAACGGUUGGAAGAAACACAGAGUGUUAAAGUAUCACCUCAAGAUGACUUGCUGAACUCUGACACGACGGUAGAGACCAAAACUGAAACUGAUUUGUCAAGCUAUGAAUCAAAUAAGCUAGCAGCCCAGCUAUCUGAGACAGAGAAAAUGAGUCAAUAUGAUUCGCCAGAAGCAUCAGCAGAGGUUUAUUAUGACUCAAUCCAGUCUCAACCACCUGCUGCUAAGGAACCAGAUUCUUUGCUCGAAGAGCCUGAAUAUGUGGAUGGACAGCCUAAACAUUCUUUGAAGCGUAAGGCUAGUAAUCCUUCCUUCAUUGCCGCUCAAUCGAAGUUUGAGGAAUUAACUACAUCUACUGGUUCAAACAAAGCAAUGUCUUCUAAAGAUGGUGUGUUGGGUGAAGAAGGAAAAACAGAUGUAGAUUCGCUAGACGCUACAAACACUAAAAAGGAUCACUCAUUGGAAGAUGUGGCUCCAGCUGAGCUCAGUGGAUCUGAGUGUGGCACCGAACUCUCUGUAACUUCUUCUCUUGACACACUUGAGAAGAAGUCAGACGCUGAGGGUGCAGAGUCCAAGGUAGAAGCAAAGCUUUUAGAGGAUGACACUGAUGUUAAAACAGACCAAACAGAGUUGAUAGAAAUUGAUGUUAAGGAUGAAACAUCAUUGGGUACUGUCGAGGACCCGAAGGAGAAAGUUGAGAAUGCUAUGGUCGAAGUUGGAAAAAUUUCAGAGACACAGCAUGAAUCGGUCAUUAGUACACCAGAUUCCAAGAAGAGACGUGCUGAAGAUGAAUCAGGACCUCAAGCCUACCUUAUAUCUGAGGAAGCUUUAACUCCGAUGACAAUCUCAGAAUCUCAGGCAACACCGGCAAGCCAAGCAUCUUCUUCAGUCAAAGCAAGAAAGGGAAAAUCCGAAAAGAGUGGUUCGAGCCAAAAGAGGAAAGUUAGCAAGAAAAUAACAUCAAGCCCCAAACAAGAAACUGGUACCGGCGGUGAGGCUACACCAGAACAAGAAGAAGGCAAGGAACCGAAAAGUGGGAGAAGGAAUUCUUUCGGGUUUGAUCAAGAAGCAAGAGAAAGCAGCGGAGGCAAGAACUCUCUUCCUCGGUUCAUGCAGCCAACACAGUCGGCGAAAGCGAAAGUUCAAGAACACAACUCGCCAAGAUCAAGCCCUGAUCUUCAAGAAAGAGAUGUUGUUUCAGUCAAGAAAAGACAUUCAUUGCCUGGUGUUACCAAUGGGAAACAAGGUUCUUCUCCUAGAAUCCAACGGUCUGCGUCUCAAGCACAACAGGGAACAAAGGAUAGAAAAUGGCAGAGGUGAGAGCCGACCCGAGUGCGACAGAAAUCUGAAAAGACAAAAUCUUAGGAGAGACUUUGGAACAUUUGAUAAUUGGUAUGGCUUUUUAGGAGAGACUUUGGAACAUUUGAUAAUCUUAGGAGAGACUUUGGAACAUUUGAUAAUCUUAGGAGACCAACCUCACACAUUUGAUAAUUGGUAUGGUUUUUUUUCAGACAAUCCUUAACUCUUAGUUUCAAACAACUAAAGUGACACACAAGUGCAGAGAGGAAGAACGGAGAGUGGAGGAUAGUCUCUUGUAUAGAGUCAUUUUUCUUUUAUUAUGAAAAAAAAAAUUGUUUGAUUUUUGUGGCUAAGGAAUUUUAUUUGGUUUGGUUUGGUGUUGGUUUUUUCGGACAUAACCUCCUCUACUGAAAGUGAAGCUUGUCGUGAACAAUGGGAUUGGAUUAUAUUGACUUCAACUUUUAAAAGUCGUGUAAUAAUAUCUUCGGUUUAUUGUUUAUUUUU